AUGAUGGAGAGCGAGUCGCCUCCACCAGCUUCCUCCCCCACUGCCGUGGAUAACACCGAGGUGUCGUCCCAAAGGACCCUUCCGGAACAGGGAGAGGUGCCGGAGACUGCCAAGACGGUGCCGAAGGCUGACACCUCGGCUUCCAAGAGCAUGGGGGAACCGACCCCCAUGGAGACUGGAGACGGGGGCCAGGUUCAGUUUGGCCCCCAACCAAAUGUCAUUCCGGAAACCUACACGGUUCCGGAGAUAGAGGAGCAACCCUCUUUACCAGAAGGGGGCGCGCCCACAACACCGGCGUCCUCUAUCAAUGCGGAGGCGCCGGACACUCUGGUGAGAGCACUUCAAAGCACCAUCAUUGUGGAAGAACAUCUUACCCUUAUGGCUGACACGUCUGAGGUCAAGGCCCUCAAGAGUGCGCUGGCCGAGGCCAAGAAGGAGGCAGAGGAGGAGCGAGCCUCCCGCCUUAAACAUGAAUUGCGAGUGGAAGAAGUCCAGCAAGAGCUCAAGGAUGCCAUAGGCAAAUGCGAGUCCUUAGAGUGCAAGAGUUCGGAGCAAAAUUUUGAACUUUCUAAGGCACUCCAAAGUGCACAAGAAGCCCGGGACGAAGCCCAAAGCGCUGUCUGGGAGAUCCAAGAGGCAAAGCAAAUUGCAGCGGUUAACCCAGCGGAUCAGGAUCAGCACAAUGCGGCGGUUGCAAAAUUGCGUGAUGAGAUAGCACAGGCCAAGGAGGAGCUAAACGCGGAAAACGCAAGGAUGGCUAAGGAGCGAGCCUCUUUGUAUGCUCAGGCGCAGUGGAUUCAGUCGGAGUCGUACCGGCUCAUGCUAGAUCAGAAUGCUUCAAAUGAUGUCAUGAGAAGGAGGCAUCGGAGUCAUCUGCCCCCGGUUUACGAGAAAAAGGGAAUAAUCUGGAACCUACAGAGGCGACAGUGCAAGUGCAUAGGUGUUCUAAAAGGGAUCUGCAACGACGAGGAUAUGUUCUAG